AUGGUCUGUACAAGUAAACGUCGGCGGUUCCAAGCACCAAUCACUUCCUUCUUCACCAGUGAAUCGUCGUCUUCCUGCGAUCCCUCUGAUACCUUGCAAGCACAACAACACGGACAGGAUGUCUCAUCUCCGCCUCUCCCACACGAAAUCCAGUCUUCGCUGCUGACAGUGGGAAUGCGCAUCCGGAAGUCAGUCCCGGAAGGAUACAAGACGCAUAAGAUGCUUCACUCGAGUAGCCUUUACGAUCAUUCGAGCUACUUACUCAACUCGGGGGUUCAAGACCAUAAUUCUACCAUACCGAUAAUCCUCCCGUCAACAACUCGUGCCGCUUAUGCGGAAUUAGCGCCUUUCUGCGGCCUUCAUAAGGUGGGGGGUAUGGCUGUGCAGCCUCUGCCAGUAGUAUCAAGUGGGAGUUACAGACACGUCCUUGGGCAAAAUAGGGCAGUGCGGGCCGAGGAGCCAGACCCGUGUUCUCUACCGUCAAGUCAAGAAUCAACAGACAGCUACAUUCCAUUCCCUCCGUCGAACAAGAGAACUUUCACGUCCGACGAAGAUGAGGACGAGGAUGAUAAAGAUGAAUUCGGGAACGACAUUUUGAGUCAAGAACGAUCAACAUACCCGUUCAGUCAAACCAGGAUGCCGCCUCUGAACACUCUGUUCCCUUCUCCAGAUGUCCAGUCUUUCUACAAUAGCAAUACUAGUAUACCACGCCCGUUCGCAAUCCCACGGAGUAGACUCCCAAGCCACAAGGACAGAAAAUCUGUUCUAGAUGGACAAGAGAACCACGAUUUGACACCACAAGCGUUGGGUAUGCCGGCAUCUGUAAUCAACUCAUCGGAGAGAGUUGUUGACUUUGAGGACGCAGAGUUCCUUGCAGCAAGAGAAGACUUGGAUACCGAUAAUCUGAUGGAGGAAUGCUGA